CCGCCGGGGCCUCGGGCGUUCGGGCUGGGGAUGGCCGCGGCAGCCGAGCCCGGGGCCCAGGCCUGGCGGGCCAGCGGCUCCCCGAGCCCCGGCAGCCCGGCCUGCAGCCCGGUGUUGGGCGCCGGAGGCCGCGCACAUCUGAAGCUAGAGCGGGCGGGUGGCCACGCUACGCCGGGCCAUAGCUUCCGCAAGGUGACGCUCACCAAGCCCACCUUCUGCCACCUCUGCUCCGACUUCAUCUGGGGUCUGGCUGGCUUCCUGUGCGACGUCUGCAACUUCAUGUCCCAUGAGAAAUGCCUGAAGCAGGUGAAGACCCCAUGCACGAGCAUCGCGGCCAGCCUAAUAAGGGUCCCUGUAGCCCACUGCUUUGGGCCCCUUGGGCUCUACAAGCGCAAGUUCUGUGCAGUCUGCCGCAAGGGCCUGGAGGCACCCGCGUUCCGGUGUGAAGUGUGUGAGCUGCACGUUCACCCCGACUGUGUGCCCUUCGCCUGCAGCGACUGCCGUCAGUGCCAUCAGGAUGGACACCAGGACUAUGACAUAUACCACCAUCACUGGCGGGAGGGAAACCUGCCUUCUGGCGCACGCUGUGAAGUCUGCAGGAAGACUUGUGGCUCCUCGGAUGUGUUGGCUGGUGUGCGCUGCGAGUGGUGUGGUGUACAGGCCCACUCAGUGUGCUCUACAGCGCUUGCCCCUGAGUGCACAUUUGGGCGUCUGCGUUCCAUGAUCCUGCCUCCUGCAUGUGUGCGCCUGCUGUCCCGCAACUUCAGCAAGAUGCAUUGCUUCCGAAUACCUGAGACCAUAACCCUGGAGCUUGGUGAUGGGGAUGAAGGCCUAGAUGGAAGUGCUACCACAGGUGCAGGCAGAGAGGUGCUGGCAGCUACAGAAUCAAGUAAACAGAUCCUGAAGGUCUUUGAUGGUAAUGACUCCAUGAGGAAAAAUCAGUUCCGCCUGGUCACAGUGUCCCGCCUGGCCAGGAAUGAGGAGGUGCUGGAGGCAGCACUGCGAGCCUACCAUGUCAGUGAGGACCCUAGGGACUUUGAACUUCAAGCACUGCCCCUGUCCUCAAUAGCUGGUGAUGCCCAGGCCUUGGGGAAGGCUGGGAAUGGUGGGACCACUGACGAAGAGACCAACAGAAGCUCUGGGCCCAGAGAUUCCAUGCCUGAGGCCUGGGUCAUCCGCUCUUUGCCCCGUGCUCAGGAGAUUUUGAAGAUCUACCCUGGCUGGCUUAAGGUGGGUGUAGCCUACGUGUCCAUCCGUGUGACCCCACAGAGCAUAGCACGGACAGUGGUGCAAGAGGUCCUCCCACUGUUUGGACGCCAGGCUGAGGAUCCAGAGAGCUUCCAGCUGGUUGAGGUGCUCAUGGGCAGCAGGCAAGUCCAGCGGACAGUGCUCGUGGAUGAGGAGCCCCUGCUAGACCGGCUUUGGGACAUCCGACAGACAUCUGUGCGUCAGGUGAGCCAGACGCGGUUCUACAUUGCUGAGAGCAAGCCCAUGGCCCCACAUGUCUCCCUGUUCGUGGGUGGCCUGCCUCCUGGCCUGUCCCCUCAGGACUACAGCAACCUGCUGCAUGAGGCUAUGGCCACCAAAGCUGCUGUGGUGUCCGUGAGUCAUGUCUACUCCUUACAAGGUGCGGUGGUUCUGGAUGUCACUUGUUUCGCAGAGGCUGAACGGCUAUACAUGCUGGUCAGGGACACAGCGGUGCAUGGCCGGCCACUGACUGCACUGGUGCUUCCAGAUGUACUGCACACGAAGCUGCCCUCUGACUGCUGUCCCCUCCUCGUGUUUGUGAACCCCAAGAGUGGGGGCCUCAAGGGCAGAGACCUGCUCUACAGUUUCCGGAAGCUGUUAAACCCACAUCAGGUCUUUGAGCUGACUAACGGGGGACCUCUUCCUGGGUUCCACAUGUUUUCCCAGGUGCCUUGUUUUCGGGUGCUGGUAUGUGGUGGGGAUGGCACUGUGGGCUGGGUGCUCACUGCCCUAGAGGAGACAAGGCACCAUCUUGCUUGCCCGGAGCCAUCUGUGGCCAUCCUACCUCUGGGAACAGGGAAUGACCUUGGCCGAGUCCUCCGCUGGGGGGCAGGCUAUAGUGGUGAGGACCCAUUCUCCAUGUUGGUGUCUGUGGAUGAGGCUGAUUCUGUGCUUAUGGACCGCUGGACCAUUCUCCUGGAUGCCCGUGAGACUGGUAGUAUGGAGAACAGUGUGGUGGACACAGAGCCCCCCAAGAUUGUUCAGAUGAGUAACUACUGUGGCAUUGGUAUCGACGCAGAGCUCAGCCUAGACUUCCACCUGGCACGGGAGGAGGAGCCUGGCAAGUUCACAAGCAGGUUCCACAACAAGGGUGUGUAUGUGCGUGUAGGGCUGCAGAAGAUCAGCCACUCUCGCAGCCUGCAUAAAGAGAUCCGACUGCAGGUGGAGCAACAGGAAGUGGAGCUGCCCAGUAUUGAGGGCCUCAUCUUCAUCAACAUCCCCAGCUGGGGUUCAGGGGCUGACCUGUGGGGCUCUGACAGUGACUCAAGAUUUGAGAAACCGCGCAUGGACGACGGGCUUUUGGAGGUGGUGGGUGUGACAGGUGUCAUGCACAUGGGACAGGUACAGGGUGGGUUGCGCUCAGGAAUCCGCAUCGCCCAGGGCUCCUACUUCCGUGUCACUCUCCUCAAGGCUAUUCCAGUGCAGGUGGAUGGUGAGCCCUGGGUUCAGGCCCCGGGGCACAUGAUCAUCUCUGCUGCUGGCCCUAAGGUUCACAUGCUGAGGAAAGCCAAGCAGAAGCCCAAGAAGGCUGGAGCCAUCAAAGAUACCCGAGUGGACAACUUGCCUGUUCCUGAGGGCAACACUAAGUAGAGGGGCCAAGAUAAGGGGUCAGACUCAAUCUUAUCUCUGUUCCAAGUUAGCUGCUCACUGGCAGGGGACUUAAGUUAUAGCCCUAACCACAGCAUCUUCCUGGAGCCUGAGACAUUUCCAGCCCUUGUCUUAUUGUUACAUGGAAACUGCUAGGUAGAUGGUGGCUGUUGCUCUGCCCUAGAACCAGCCUGUUGGUGAGCAUGGGGCUCUGGCUCGCCUGCCCUCUGCUUGAGGCUGGUGCUCUAUCUCCUUGUCAAUCACAGGAAGUUCUAGGGAAAGGAGGCAGAGCCCAGGGGACACCCCUUCCUUUAAGCUCUCGGGUCUGGCAGCACUGGAUGCAGGCCAUCCAGAUGGGCCUCUGACCUCAUUUUGUGCACCUAAAUGCUCCAGGGAAGCUAGCCCUGUGCAGCCCUGGCCUAGCAGAUGUACAAUGUUGCCAGCUCCUCAUCCCCACGACAGGGGAGGUAUGGUAGGGUAUACACAGUACCCUGUCGUUUAUUGGCCUCACAGAUGGCAGCUAUUGUUUGCAAAGCCUAGGCAGUGUGUUAUGUCUGGCAGUCCUUCCCUAAGGCCCUGAGGGGACAAACUGCACCUGGGUACAAGGAACCUUUUGUCUAUUCUGAGGCCUCACCAUUGCAGCAGCAGUUGGGAGUGGGUACUCAUAAGGGACCAUAUGUGGGGCUGGAUGGUGCCUGCAAAUGACACUUGUUGGUCUAAGAGUGGUCUGAAUGCCCUCAGACUUGACUGUAGCACUUUAUACACAUGCUGCUCCCCAGCCAGCAGUCUGUAGUUCUGCAUAGCUGUAGAGCUCCCACUCUGGCUCCUAUGUCCACUAGGUAUCUCUGCUGACCAGCCUUGCUGGGAGCACCAUGCUCACAGAAUGAGACAAAGCUGUUUCCUCCACAUGCCCAAGAAUUCACUGAUGUACUUCAUACCCUGGAGGUGGAACAGGCCUGUAAGCCGUUAAUUGGAGGCUUUUCUGUGUUACAAAGCAAGACGGUUUUAAAGACAUGGGGUGGAGCUAGGAAAGUAUCUCAGGAGUAGAGUGCUUGGUUACUUAGUGCAAGACUCUAGGCUCACACCAACCUUGUUCCCCAUUCUCAUCCCCCUCCCCCCACAAAUCCUGUUAUAGGUAUUGUGAGACAACCAAAGGUCCAGAUCCUUCCCUUUAGUCUGCUGGCACUGGGCUUGUACCACUCUCAGAAAUGGCUGUGGUGUGCCCAGGGUAUGUAUCCUACCUGGCCUGCACCCAGGUACCACCCCUUUCUGCUUUGCCAAAGCUGCACAAAUGCAUUGGACAACCACUUGUGGUCUCAGUGUAGCUGUUCCUCGUGUUUACAUCAUUUGAAAUCUUCAAAACCAGUCCUUUGUGGUGUUUUCACAUUGAUUUCAAUCUGUAGGAAUUGUUUAUAAAUUAUGGUCAUUGUGGCUUGUCCUCUGUAUUUAAAUGAGACUGUCCCAUGUGUGUGGUUUGUCCUGUCUAUAAUUUAUCACUACCUGAAUGUAAUCUAACUUAUACCCAGGACAAAUACAGUCUGGGCUUUGCUGUCUUCUA